UUACAGUCUGUGAAGAUGACCGGGGGCGGAAAACCCACGAUGGAGCGGCAACGACAUCCAGCAGCGUAGUUUGAACCGAGGACCGAGUUGCGUUAAAACCUCACCAUCUUAUACAAAGUAACUGAGCACGGAGAAGAACAGCACGAUAUGCAGUCAUGAAGCGUGUUCGCACUGAGCAGAUCCAGUAUACCGUGGCUCAGUACCUGAAGCGGAGGCAGUAUGUGGACACUGAUGGCUCCCUGAAAGGAGCCAAGCUCUUCCAGUCAGCAGAGGAGAUGGCGGCCAGCCUCACAGUACAGACUGAGUCGGGGUGUGCCAACAUCGUCUCUGCUGCGCCCUGUCAAUCUGACCCACAGCAGUACGAGACUCAGUACUCCAGGCUGCGCUCCUUUCUGUCAGAAACAGAAAUAUCCUGGGCGAAGGAGGUGAGCAGCAUCCUCUACCCGCUCUUCGUCUACCUCCACCUAGACAUGGUGCACUGUGGCCUGAAGGGGGCAGUAGAUGGUUUUUACAGCCGUUUCCACAGUGCCUUUCUUCAGGACAGCGAGCAGCGCGCCAUCAUAGAGCAGCUCCGCCAUGUUCUCACCACUCAGGACGUUGCAGCCAACCCCAAGCUGAGUGCUUUCCUGGAGCACAAGUACGUGGUGCACCUGACCGAGCCGGCCUACAGCUACCUGCUGCGCUACCUGCAGAGUGAGGACAACAGCGCCCUCUGCAGGGCCUUUAGCACACACCUGCAGGUGGAGGUCACUGCCUCGAGACGCACAGACUACCAGCUAUAUGGAGCUGUUGGCGGGGUGACCACAGCCCCAAACUCCACCUCCUCCUGGGCAGGAGUGGAUGGGGCAGAGGGUGGGGAGGGGGUGGAGGUCCCUGCAGGGAUUCCACAAAGUGAGGCGGCCCUGGAUGCUCUGCAGGACUGCAUCAAGAAAGUCCGCGAGGGCCCCCCCACGCUCACCACUGUGUGUUUCUACGCCUUCCACCACACGGAGCAGAUGUUAAACACCGCGGAGGUCUCGGCUGACAGCCGGCUGCUGGCCGCCGGUUUCGACAGCUCCACAGUGAAACUGUGGAGCCUCCGAGCCAGAAAGCUGAAGGCCAAACCGCAUCAGGCUGACGUGUCGCUCAUCCACCUGGCCUGUGACGUACUGGAGGAGGAAGUGGAUGAAGAGGACAGCUGCGGCAGUGAGAUAAAGACACUGCGAGGUCACAGCGGCCCCGUGUUUCGAACCGCCUUCCUGACAGACAGCUCCGGCCUGCUCUCCUGCUCUGAGGACACAACCAUCCGCUACUGGGACCUGGGUAGCUUCACCAACACGGCACUCUACCAGGGCCACGUCUACCCAGUGUGGGAUGUGGACGUCAGCCCCUGCAGCCUUUACUUCGCCAGCGGCUCCCAUGACCGGACUGCUCGCCUCUGGACGUUCUCCCGCACCUACCCGCUGCGACUUUACGCCGGACACCUUUCUGAUGUUGACUGUGUCAAAUUCCACCCAAACUCCAACUACCUGGCUACCGGCUCCACAGACAAGACUGUCCGGCUGUGGAGCACCCAGCAGGGGGCGUCUGUUCGCCUCUUCACUGGCCACCGUGGCCCCGUGCUGUCACUCGCUUUCUCACCUAAUGGGAAGUACUUGGCGUCCGCCGGCGAGGAUCAAAGGGUGAAGCUGUGGGACUUGGCAUCAGGGACGUUAUUCAAAGACCUGCGGGGACACACGGACAGCAUCACCAGCCUGUCUUUCAGCCCGGACAGCAGCCUCGUGGCGUCGUCAUCUAUAGACAACUCAGUUCGGGUGUGGGACAUUCGGAACUCCCACGGCGGGACGCCAGCUGACGGCUCAUCUAGCGAACUGGUGGGAAUGUACACUGGAAACACCAGCAAUGUGCUGAAUGUCCAGUUCAUGGCCUGCAACCUGCUGCUGGUGACGGGAACUGCACAGGAGAAAGCAGAACAGUAGCCACAGCUGUCUUUUUUGUUUUUCGUUGCUGAUGUUUCAGAGAAAAGCUUGAAUUUCUCCAGAUGUUUGUUUGAAGGUGUGGUCACCAGAUGUGUUCUCUGAGUCAUCCAAUGAUGAGAGGUUAAACGCCACCACCUGCACAGGGUGCUUUUUGUCCACAUUAGUUCUUUGCAUAGAAACGAAGCAAGGUCAGAUACCUUUAUUUGUAAUCCACAAGUCUCAUCCUUCCAAAACUGCCUUAGAUAUUCAUCUAUAGAUAAAUUAUAAUUUGUCUGGGUGGAAUUUUGUAAUUAUGAGAGUGUCCUCAAGAGAUGUCAGUAUUAAAUAUCUCUCAGUGUAAAGUCCUGGGUCCCUUGCUGUCAUGCACAAGUUUUAAGAUCUAUAAAAGCAGCGUAUUAAAUGUGACUGUUGGAAAAAUAUUGUUCCAGUUGAAUUAAAAUAAAAAUAAAAAAUAGUUUUACUCAAAUAGGAGAUGAAACUGUUUAUAUUCUGAACUCAGAGAAUACUGAAACAAAAGUUACAUGGUUUUGUUGCACCAAUAAGUAUUACGGUAAAAACUCUCAAUGGUGCACAGAACAUAUUCCACUAAUGUUCCUGUUUACAUGCAGCUGUGCACACUUGGAUUAACGUGCCCUAACAGCUGGAGGCGCGUCUCAUUUUGCUUCUUUGCAUCAAAAUAGGAUUUUUUUCAAAGUUUCCUACCAGUGGUGGACUUGUUUGACCACACGAAUACAGCCUCCCUCUUUCAUUCCUUUAACCAGCUUCUUGGAAAAGUCGCUGUUGUGAUAUUUGUGUAAAAACCUGUUCAUAUCCCAGUCUUUCAUGAUGUUUAAAAGCAGGUGUGUUUCUCCUUCUGACCAGAAAUGUGGGCUUUUCUUUUGGGCAUGCAUCUCUACCGACAGCCUUCAAUCUACUGGUAUUAAUCAUGAAAUGGCAAAUGUGGAAAAAGGCUUACUUCUAAAUAUCCAAACAGAAUAUGCUCUUUACAUGACCAGCAUCAAAUACAGAAUAUUUUUUGGAAUAAUAGUGGAAUACUAAUGUGCACGUAAACAUAUUCAAUAUGAUUUUGAAUGACUGCUAGAACAGAACCAGGAAGUUCUGGUUUCACUUUAGCUCUCUAUUAAAGUGAAACUUUUGUAUUCUCCAACCUGGACUCCAUUUUCCAAUGUUUUUGUGGCCAAGUGGCUAAUGGCAACAACUAUUUUCCAAACUGGUCCAGUACUGAAAUAGGGCGCGCUGCAGCCAGCAGUUGAAAUGGAAACACCUGGGGAAUUUGGCACUGUCAGUGUACGUCCACCAGAAAGCGCUUGUUUUUGCCACUGACGGGUUCAGAUUGUUCUGUAAGUGUUGACAACAUUAUGGAAAAGACCCCUCAAGAAAUGAAAGUUUUUCUGUACCUUUCGUUGGUCUGUUAUUGUGACAAAGUCUCACUCAAGGAGAAGUCCCGAGAGAGGUGACUUGUCAGAGGAAAAACAAUGGUGGAAACAUUAGUGAGAUUCAGAGAGAGGAGUGCAGGGAAGAGUUUGUUGUGUUGGAGAACAAAAAGUGUUAUCUGAAAGAUUUUCAGUGUCGUGGCUGAAUAUUUAGCUGAUUCAACAAUGUGGAAAAGAUUUCAGAUAGGGAUGCACGAUGUUAGAUUUUUCACCGAUAUCCGAUAUGCCACUUUUUUCCACUUAAUUUUACGGAUUAUCAAGUCUCUUCUGUAGUGGAAUUAACAUCAUAUAAUGUAUGCUAACUCUUACCGUGACGGCCCAUCAGUAGAUAAGACAUGAAAUACAAUACUUUUCAAUGUAUGCUUUAUUCAUUCAUUGUGCAAAUUAAGAAAAAACUUGUUAGCUGAUCUGAUGGUUCAUUUUAAAGCCGAUUUUAGUCGAUACCGAUGACAUACAGAUAUUAUAGUGCAUCCCUAAUUUCAGAACAAGACUGAGCGAGACUUUGUUACAUACAAUAACAAACAGACCGGAUUAAGCGAACAAUAAAGAAAAAGGUUUAAUUUCUCUGCAGGGUCUUUUCCUAAAUUUACACUUAAAAUAAUAUUCUGAGCUUGUCAGUGGUAAAAAUGUCAACGUUUCACAGCUGCUGUCUGCAGCACUCUGGACCAGUUUGUUGUCUCCGUUGGUCACUUAGACACAAAACAGAGAAGACCUGGGGUCCAGGUUGAAAACUACCAAAGUUACACUUUAAGGUUAAGUAACCAGUCCUAGCUCUGGAUUUAUCUGACUCUGGGUAAGGUGGCAAAGAAGAAUAUUUCCAAAAAUGUGGGAUUAUUCUUUUAAAGUUGUCCUCAUGUUUUCCCUGCCUGAACCCCCAUGCAACUCUAAAUCAGCUCUCUGUUGUUAGAAACAUUUAAAUCUGGAGGAAGCAAACUUUCAGAAAUGAAGAAACGGAGUUCAGAGGCUGUAUUUUGAGAUUUCAAAGGGUCUCUGAGGUCGAAUAUGAACGCUAAUGAGUGAUAAUGUGAACUUUAAAGCACCAGAACAGGUGGUGGUUGUUUCUUCUCUCUUGGUUUGUCUCUGACCCGCUGUAGGUUUUGAGUAGCCUUGUUGCACUUGAGCCUUGUUGAGGACAUUUCUAGGAAUCAAAGGCUGUAUUUGUCACACUAUUCUGCAGGUGGCAUGAACUGUGCAAUGUUAAGAAAGUGUAAAUACUUUGUAUUUUUGUAAUAUUUCGGCUGCCAAGAGUCGCUUCCAGGUUGUGCUUGACGAGGGCUAAAAAGAAAAAUACUUAUAGAGACUGAUUUCAUAUGUCUGGAAUAAGUUUUAAUGCAUUCAGUGUUUUUUUUAUAGUCGUUUUGAAUAUUUCUUUGAUAAAUUCAGCCUGGAAGUCGUCCUUUAUGUUUGUCGGUAAACUUGUGUUCCCUCCUGUAGCCCAAAAAUAAAUAACAGAAUUUAUUUGA